AGAUGGAGGAAAGCUUGCCAGGAGAACAAUUGCACAUCCCUCCACUCCUCAUGUUCUCAGUUUGUUCUUCUCUGUGAUGCAACCGGUAUCAUGAGAACAGCCAGCAGCAGCUCCAGCAUGAUGAAAUUUUCACUCCUUGACAAGUGUAAGAAGCCGAAAAACUAUGCCCAGCCAGAAGUUUUGUGUCACACGUUUGACACACUGUCCAACCUCCACAAGCUGCUUCCUAAUCACCUAAUGGAGACGCUUUAUUCAUACAGGAGUGAAGAGGACAAGAAAAAAUGUGAGAAUCCUGAGCUCUCUGGCUUGGAAAGAAUCUUAGCAAGACAUGAAUUGCCAAAAGAGAUUAAUCUGACCCCAAAGCCCAACAGAAUGCCCCUGUGGAAAAGAAAAAUCACCAACAGUGUAACUGACGGGUGGAAGAAAUGUCACUUGUUGACGAGAAACACGAAAGAGCCUCCAAUGUCCACCAUAGUUGUCAGAAAACUUAUUCAAAAAAAUGUACCCAGAAGACACAGCCUAAGGAAUGUAAGCAGGAAACUGAGAAAACUGCCAACAACAGCUAAAGGGACACAAACAGAGUAACAUGAAAACUUGAAUACCUGUUGUGGAACUUGAAUCUAGAAAAUCAGAGUUGGAACACCUGUUUUAACAACAAAACGCAAGUUAAUAAUGAAAGAAAAAAUAAAAUCAGCAAAUUAGACUAAGCUUCUUGGGAAAAAUACUAAAUAUCAGUUAAUCCUACCACCAACAACAACAUGCAACCUGCUUAUGACUGGCAACGUGCUGAGGCAGGAUUCAACAGGAAGGCUCCCCGUCUCGCGCGAUGCUUGCCUGACCUCGUUCUUUCUGAUGGCGCUGACAUUACCCUGUCAGAUGCAUACACGGCAAUCGAAUAACCCAAGGAGGGUGACGGAAGAUGCCCCAAAGCUGGACAUUGACCACUGGCAAUCAGAGGCUUAGGAAAAUCUAUAAAACAGCCCACAAAUUCCCUACAGAAAUGGAAACACAAAAAUCAUGAAAUGUGCC